AUGUCAAUGGCGGCUCCUGGAGGCCAGGCCCGCGGCCCUGCCCUGGUGCUCCCUCCGCUCGUCCUCGACAAUUCAAUCCCCAACCCCUCGGCCGUCAUAGCUGGUCGUUCGAUGCAUCAGAUCCAGCUCGAGAUGGAGUACGACGCCGAAGAGAGCGACAAUGAUGCCGAUCAAGGCCCCUCAAUACAGGGUUGGCCUGGAGGACUGGAUCGGCACGCAAGCGACCAUCCCGACGAGGCAAGCGACCUAGCCAUGAGAGAAAUGCACGCCCUUUGCGUCUUUGACGACGUGUCCGUGCCGCCAUCCGCGCGGCCGUGGUCAUACCUCAUCGAGGCCCUGGGGCCCCUUCCUACCGUCCGCAGAUGGGGGAGGUGGCGCUGGCGGGAGGAGCCUGCAUUCGCUGAAGUUCGAGUAGCAGAAGCAAUCAUGAUGUACGAGAGGGGCAUAGAGCAGAACACCAGCGACAGACGCUGCAGUCGUUGUCGGGCCGGCCAAGGCAUCUCCCCCCAGUGCGUCGUGGCCCCGGAGGGCAUUAGUGAAGCGCAAGGGGUGACGGGCCCGUGUAGCAACUGUCUUUAUGAUGGAGUCGAGCACGCCUGUAAUGCGUCUGGCAGGAGGACGCCCGUGUCAGGCGGCCGGGAUCGAGUCGGCGAGAGUAUGAGGGAUCCGGACAAGGUGGUGGACCACAUGGCCGUGCUCGAGAUGAUUGCCCAUCUCAAGAGGCCAUCGGACCCUCAUGGAAACGAACGAACGACGACAAGACCACCAGCCUGCUGA